CAAGUAUAUAUACCUACGAGCUACUCUAUCCAGGAUGAUACCCUUAAGACAAGCGGUAGGCCGGAGCUUGCUUAGAAAUGGAAUUGCAAGACUGUCAGUCACCUCGACUCAAGUUGCGCUUUUGAACCGCUUCCAAUCAACCUCUACCAAUCCAGUAGAAGUCACCAAGUCGUCGAGACCUGAUGGUGAAUCCAAGCCAAGAGAACAACAUUCUAGAGGAGGAAGACGUGGAGGCGACCAUAAGGCCGGCAAUAGACCAUCCGCAAACUUCCCUAAGGUUAGAGAUAUUGCUAAUCAAAUUAGAGGUGUUACUGUCAAGGCCGGUGAUGAUUUGCAAGAAUCAUUCCAGAUCUUGGAAGAAGGAUUGGCUUAUUUGAGACAAAUCCAAACUGCUGAAGGGAUCCCAGAACCUGUACUUUACACCGCCUUCCAAGAAAUCCUUCAAAGCUUAAUGGAAAAGGCCUCUAAGCCAGGCGUUAAGACUGGUGGUCGUUCUAUGGAAGAUAUUCUUAACUUGUAUAUUUCUUUCAAUGUUGCCCAUGGAUACCAUUUCUGUCAAGUGAUGGCCAGUGAACUCAUUAACUCAGAAGCACCAUUGCAAGGUUAUGAGGCUGUAUUAAACUGGUGGGUCAAAUAUGUCGAGUACAAGAGAGCUCAACCACUUUGUGAACUGACUCACCUUCGUGCUCACAACAAUGGCCCAAACAAAUUCUACCGUAAUGAUGUAGUUCAUUUGUCAUUUUAUGCCUUUUUGCAAUCUAUCUUGGAACAAGGUAUUGAAUUUGAUCCAAAGGUUGCCUACAAGAUUUUUGCAACUGAAGAUUUACCUCAAGUCUAUAACGUGGGACAAACUGUUGUUCGUUUCAAGGUCAAACCCUCCAUGGAAGAAUACCAUAGAACCUUUGGUAAAGCCAUCGAUGUCAUUAAUAUUGAGACUUUGGAUCCAAAUGGUCCACUUGCUAUCAAUAGAAUUGUUCAAGCAGUCCAAAAGAACAGUGUGAGUAAGCUUAACUAUACCUAUAGAGAUAUCUUAUCAGCAUCCAAGUCUAAUGGUAAGCCAGUUAUGGAAUCUACAUUGGUGAGAAUCAUGUCUGCAUACGCCGCACUUCAAGCCUUUGACAAGACCCUUGAAGUUUUCCAAGAUUUACUUAAUAGAGGUAUUUCUAAACCAUCCACUGCUGCUUGGGAAAACAUGCUUUUGGCUUGUUGUCAUCCAAACUAUCUUUCUGAACAACCUAAGGAUAGAAGAGAUCAAAACGUCAAUAGAGUAGAACAAUUUGUAUCUACCAUGGAAAUGAACGGUACUAAAAUCACUCCAAAGACCUUGGCUAUCAUUAUUGGAUGUUUUGCCAAUUUGAACCGUUUUGAUAAGGUUGAUCAAUAUUUACAAAAAUUUACUGUAGACAGUGAUAAACCACUCCCAAUUGUUCACCUUACUAGAAAUAACAUUUUGAACGGUUUAAUUUUAUUUGGAAAUGUUUCUGAAGCUGAGAAGAAGAUGAAAUUAUUCCAAGAAGAAGAUCCAACUUAUUUCCCAGGUGUAACAGUUAUGAACUCUUAUUUGUCUUACUAUGUUAAGGCUAAGAACUUUAACGCUGUUGAUGGUAUUUUAACCUACAUGAAGGACAACCACGUCGCUUACGAUUUGGCUACUUACACUAUCUUGAUUGAUAUGCAUUUCAAGUUGACUCAUGAAAAGGGUCAAGAAGCAUCCUUAGAGACUGUUCUUGAUUUAUUUAAGGAUGCCAAUGCCAACAAUCUUAAGAUAAAUGAAGUUGCCAUUUCUACCUUAAUUUAUGGUUUAUGUAAGGAUGGUGUCAACACUGAAGCAGCCAGAGUAUUGUUCAAGUAUGCCAAGAAGAGCAUGAGACUUACUCCACAACUUGUCACCACCAUGAUGACCACCGAACUUGAAUUUGGUUCAAUCGAAGAACUGCAAAAGUUAUUUGAAUUGUAUAUCAAGGAUUUUUCCAAUUCAACUAGAGUGUGGAAUCAAAUGAUCAAGGGACUCUUGAACAAGAAUGAUGACUUGGCAUUUGAAUACUUCAACCGUUUAAAGAAGGAACCAAAGGCUGACCCUAAUUUCUUCACUUAUUACUUCCUUUUGAACCAUUUCAAUGGGAAGGAUAAGAGAGACAAGGUUCAAGAAUUGAUUGAUGACUUGAAUGCUGGAGCAUUAAAAAAUUUGGGAGAACAAAUUCCCCGUGUAUUAAAGAGACUUGAAGGUAAAUACAACAUCUCUGCCAAGUUACUCCCAACAAAAUAACAUCUGUAUAUAGGAAUAAAUUUAUUAAUAAUCUACAUGUAUCAUUAAGAUGCAUUUAUAAAGAUAUGUACAAGGAAUAAAUAAAACAAUUAUGAAUAAUGUGG